CAGCUCCAAACCGCCAAAACCCCCUUCUCAAAAACCCAGUCUCUUCUCCCCCUUCUCAAGAAACCAGACUCUCGAAACCCCUCGUUCCCAAUCGCUAAACUGCUCGUGCUUCUCUUCUCUUCUUCUCGCUGCAAUUGUCGCCCCAAUCGCUGAACCAUGCCAUCGCCGCCUCAACAGGUUUUGAUUGGGAUUUCUGGUUAACCAGGGUGCUCUUUAUCCCUUCGAUGAGGAAUGCUUCAUUUGCCUCCAGCCUUUUCGGUUCGGGGAGGUGGUGUCUUUUCCGUGCUCGGGAAACCACCACAUGCAUGGUGAUUGUUACAUCUUCGGUUGGGAGGUCCAGCUUUCAGAGAAAGGCCUUGACCAGUCGCAUUGUCCUUUGUGCCGACAACAGAUUGGCUUCGGACGCUCUCACUGCUUCAUCCAUAAAGAGAGCGGGCUCAUACCGGCGGUGACCAUACCUUCAAAUCCUCCGCCUCCACCGGCGGUUCCUCGCCACGUGUUCCCUCCCCCCGCGGUUCCUCCCCCAGCGGUUCCUCCCCCUCCCCCGCCGCGCUCUCGGUAUCCCGCGGCCGCCGGCGUCCCCGACGCCCGCCAAUGUCGAGAACCACAUCCGGCGGUCGCGGGCAUCGUGGCGCCAAUACGUGGCCGAGCAGCACUACCGGAGGGUUUGGUUUGUGACGAUGGCUUUUGCCCCUGACCCGGGCUAUCAGGCCCUCAGCAAAGGCUUGGACAUUAUACAACAGCCAUCUGAAGCCGAAGCCGGGCAUCAGGAGUCUUUGGAGAAACGUAUUGCUGAAGAAUGGAUGCCUUCUUCACGGAACAUGACAUAUAUGCUUGCGCAGUUCAAGCAGAAGGUUUCUAUGCUUGAUAACUCUGGGAAGCCAGUCCUUGCAUCAACUGACAGUUCAAACCCCUGGUGCGCCCUGCUAGAAGAAGUGGUCAGUAAAGCUUACGGAACACUUGGUAAGCCUGAGAUUUGUCCUGCUUCAACAGAUGCUCACUAUUUCCAGCUACAAGGCUUGCCAGCAAUUGGAUUCUCUCCUAUGGCCAACACUCAUUUUCUGCUCCAUGACCAUAACGAGGUCGUGGCUGUUGGAAGAUUCCAAAAUGGUGGUGCAUUCAACGUUAUUCCAGAUUCUGCUGAACAAAGGGUUGAAGAGGUUGAACAUGUCGUAAGGGAAGAGAAGUUGAGGGAAGCAUAUGAGCUUAUCGAGAUAUAUUGCGAACUUAUUGCAGCACGAUUGCCAAUGUUUGAGUCGCAGAAGAACUGCCUAAUUGAUCUGGAGGAAGCAGUAUCAAGUGUAAUUUUUGCGAGGGGACCUACUAAUGUCCAAGUUCCUCCUAAUAGUAGCAUGGCCAAUAAAGCUCAUGUGGAAGCUCCCCCUGGUCCGCUUCCACCUGAUAAGCCUCCUAAUGCUGAAGUUCCACGCAGAAAUUAUGAGUUUCAGGAUGGACCCGUGAACUCUAAUGAGCAGAUUGCAAGAUCAUCACCUCGCUUGGAGGAUUCUGCUUCUACAAAUGUUUCUGCCAACAAAGCAACCACAUCUACCACAUUUCAUCCAGAAACGAUAUCCUCAGUGAUCGAAUGGAAAUGCAUGGGGAUGAUAAUUCUUCGGGCAGGCAGAACUGGAAUAUGCAAUUUAAGGGUACUGCCUCUGCAGCACAGGCAGCUGCUGAAUGAGCAGAACGAGCAGGCAUCAAACUGAGAAAAUUCAUUAAUUUCGAGAUAUAAGAUCUGAAAAGAAAUCUAGCAGGACUUCCUCAUCCCCAUCUAAUUCAAGCUUUGGUAGCGAUCGUCACAAAAAUUUCUGAAGUGUUUCUGGUUGGGAUUCUUUUGUUAGUGAUGUUAACAUCCAUCAAGUACAAUUGGAAUGAAUUCUGGGGGAAAUGCUCCUCUGGUUUUUGAUGAUUCUGGUACUACAAGGGACAAGAAUGUUUAGCUUUGUUUCUGAUUUCCCCUUCAGUUUAGCUUUUGACCAUAAUGAGCUUGUUCCUACUUUCUAGGCAUUGUGGAUGGAGAGUGCUUUAAGAGCUUCUGUUUUUGUGUUGUUUAACACCACUGGCUGCUUUUGAGCUCUGUCCUCUUGCUCGACUUUUGUCGGAAGAAUAUAAGGGAACUUGGGACAUUUCUUUUGACAAGAAUCUGUACAAUCUAUUUCUGAGGUAGAAGUGCAAGUAUCUUUUAUAAUUUGCUGUGUUUGUGGUACAUUCUUUUGAUUUGUUUCUUUCCUAUGCCUUUAUAAUGAAAAUCAAUGAAUAAAAUGUUUUCAGCCCAUAAUUUUUUUUUGAAUUUCCUAUGCUUGUUUGCUUUUCAUUCCU